CCUACCUCGCGUUCCUUAAACGGAAAAGAGGGGAGAGCCCCGUGGUCUCUCUCUCUCUCUCGGGCUCAGCUCGGCUCUCGCGUCGCGCGAAAUUACGGUUCGGUCCCUCCUCCUCCUCCUCGCGGCGGCCGCCUCCGCCUUCCUUUGCGUGCGCGCGUCGCCGAUCCGGGGGGUGGGCGGGGACCGCGGGGAGCGAUGGUGGAUACGCGGCGGAGCGCCGCGGCGAAGCGGCGGGCGUCGUCGGAGGAGGCGGCGGCGGCGCCGGGGCCGGAUUCGGCGGCGGCGGCGGAGGGGGCUUCGACGCCCCGGACACGGUCGGGGAAGCGGGCGAAGGCGGAGAGGGCGGAGGCGGCAUCGAUGGAGACGCCCGGCGGGAAGGCGGGGGGAGCAGGAGCGGCGGCGGCGGCGGCGAUCGAUGUGCUCGACAGCUCCGUGGAGAACCUGCAGGGUGUGGCGAGGCCCACGGGGUCCGUACCGGCGUCGUCAACGGUGUCGAACUCUGGAGGAGUGAAGAAGAAACGGACAAAGUAUAUUAAUGUUCCGUCAGCAGAAGAACUCUCGGCCUGGAAGGUCAGGCAGGCGGCGGUGAAUGGACGUGCUGAGGCUUGGGGAAGACUGAUUUCUCAAUCUUCCGAGUAUCCUUCAGUACCUAUUUAUGCUACACAUUUCACUGUUGGCCAUGGUGGAAAUUACGAUUUGAGGCUGACAGACUCAUUUCCUGGAUCACUUGUUUGCAAACUGAAGCAUGUUAAGAGGGGUGCUGCUCUUGAGAUCUACAUAUCUAAAGUUGUCCAUGUAAAUGGGAAGGCCUUGGAUAAGACUGCUAAGGUCACAUUGGUUGGUGGCGACGAAGUUAUUUUUAGUUCACUUGGGAGGCAUGCUUAUAUAUUUCAGCAACUUCCAGAGGAAAGAUCAAGUACAUCAAUGCUUUCUUCAACAUGUGCUUUUCAGCAAGGGCAGUGUCCAGCUACCAAAGGUACAUCGGAUCACUUGUCAUCCAAAGGAGCCAAGUUAUCAGUAGUGCCCUUUAAUUUUGGAAAUGGCCGCCCUCCGUUGGUUCCUCAUGAUACAGAGAUAGUCAGCAGUUUAUGUAAAACAAUGGAGGAACAGAACCAGCUUGCUUCUGAUGAAAGUGUACAGUUUGCUCGACAUCAACUGUUGAAAGAGGAUCUGAAGAAGGCAGUUGUUAAUGCAAGCGAUAUAUCAGAUUCAUUUGAUAGUUUUCCAUAUUAUCUGAGUGAGAAUACCAAAAAUGCUCUUCUGUCUUCAGCAUAUGUGAACUUAUGUUGCAAGGAUUCCAUCAAAUGGACAAAACAUAUAUCUUCUCUUUGCCAACAGGUGUUAUUAUCUGGUCCAGCAGGAUCUGAGAUAUACCAAGAAUCGUUGGUGAAAGCUCUUACCAAAUACUUUGGUGCUAAGCUGCUCAUUGUGGAUCCUUCGUUGCUGACAAGUGGCCAGUCUUCAAAGUCGAAGGAAUCUGAAUCUUACAGAAAAGGAGAUAGGGUGAGAUACAUUGGUUCACUACAUUCGUCAGGGAUUAUCCUUGAGGGACAAAAAGCUCCAGAUUAUGGCUCACAAGGUGAAGUGAGGCUUCCUUUUGAGGAAAAUGAAUCCUCGAAAGUUGGAGUCAGAUUUGAUAAAAAGAUUCCUGGUGGCAUUGAUCUAGGAGGUAAUUGUGAGGUUGACCAUGGUUUCUUCUGUCCAGUUGAUUCUCUUUGCCUGGAUGGCCCAGGAUGGGAAGAUAGAGCUAAACAUCCAUUUGAUGUAAUAUACGAGUUUGCUUCUGAAGAAAUUCAGCAUGGUCCUCUCAUCCUAUUUCUGAUGGAUGUUGAGAAAAUGUGUGGAAACAGUUACUCCUACCAUGGCUUAAAGAAUAAGCUUGAAAAUUUCCCAGCUGGUGUCUUUAUUGUUGGGUCCCAGACCCAGACGGACAGUCGAAAAGACAAGUCAAACAGUGGUUCUCCAUUUCUUUCAAAAUUCCCAUACAGCCAAGCAAUACUUGACCUCACCUUCCAGGAUAGCUUUGGUCGGGUGAAUGAUAAAAAUAAAGAGGCUUUGAAGACAGCAAAGCAUCUGACUAAACUCUUCCCAAAUAAAGUGACAAUACAAACACCACAGGAUGAAUCAGAACUCUCACAGUGGAAACAGCUCUUGGACCGUGAUGUUGAAAUUCUGAAGGCAAAAGCUAACACUUCAAAGAUACAGUCAUUCUUAACCCGCAAUGGUCUGGAAUGCGCUGACAUAGAAACAGCAGCAUGUGUUAAAGAUCGAAUGCUUACAAAUGAAUGUGUCGAUAAAAUAGUCGGUUAUUCUUUAAGUCAUCAAUUUAAACAUGGUACAAUUCCAACUCCUGAAAAGGAUGGAUUACUAGCCCUUUCUAGUGAAAGCCUUAAGCAUGGAGUCGAGUUGUUGGAUAGCAUGCAAAGUGACUCUAAAAGGAAGAGCACAAAGAAAUCACUCAAGGAUGUAGCUACGGAGAAUGAAUUUGAAAAAAGGCUUCUUGGUGAUGUGAUCCCUCCUGAUGAGAUAGGUGUUACCUUUGAGGAUAUUGGAGCACUAGAAAAUGUCAAGGAAACUUUGAAGGAACUAGUGAUGCUUCCAUUGCAAAGGCCCGAGUUGUUCUCCAAAGGACAACUUAUGAAGCCAUGUAAGGGGAUAUUGCUUUUUGGCCCACCUGGUACGGGGAAGACCAUGCUUGCUAAAGCUGUUGCGACAGAGGCUGGCGCUAACUUUAUCAACAUAUCGAUGUCGAGUAUUGCUUCAAAGUGGUUUGGCGAGGGUGAGAAAUACGUCAAAGCUGUCUUUUCACUUGCUAGCAAAAUUGCUCCUAGUGUCAUUUUUGUGGAUGAGGUUGAUGGCAUGCUGGGUAGACGGGAGAACCCAGGGGAACAUGAAGCCAUGCGUAAGAUGAAAAAUGAGUUUAUGGUGAAUUGGGAUGGUCUGAGAACAAAGGAUAAAGAACGUGUAUUAGUACUUGCUGCCACGAAUAGACCUUUUGAUCUUGAUGAGGCUGUUGUUAGAAGGCUUCCCAGGAGGUUGAUGGUAAAUUUGCCAGAUGCAUCCAAUAGAAAAAAGAUUCUUGGUGUAAUACUGGCCAAAGAAGAUUUGGCUGAUGAUGUAGACCUUGAAGCUCUGGCUAACUUGACUGAUGGCUAUUCCGGCAGUGAUAUGAAGAAUCUGUGUAUUACUGCUGCACAUUGCCCCAUAAGGGAGAUCCUUGAAAGAGAGAAGAAGGAGAGAGCUUCAGCAGAAGCAGAAAAUAGACCAUUACCUCCCCGUAGUUCUAGCAGUGAUGUUCGUCCCCUAAGAAUGAAUGAUUUCAAACAUGCACAUGAGCAGGUCUGUGCAAGUAUAACAUCGGAUUCGAGAAACAUGACUGAGCUUAUUCAGUGGAAUGAUCUCUAUGGAGAAGGCGGAUCCAGGAAGAAGACAUCUCUAAGCUACUUCAUGUAGCUUAUCGCUUGCCUAUGUACAUACAACAUAAGCAUUAGCGUAAAGCGAUCCGGGCGGGAGAUAGACAAGAAAUAGUUCUUUUGUUGUUGUUCAUGUAUAGGCUAUACCCAGUGAUUAGUCGUUAAACUUUAUUCAUGUCGACUAUAAGUUCGUUAGGCCGAAUACUAGUGUAGUGUAGAAACCGGUUCGGUCCAUCCAGAACUUGAGCUCUCAAGACUGUACCAUUAUGUAGCCUGACCAUCAUACCGGUUAACUUGACAGCCAGUGCAAUUCAUUUAAUCGAUUGAUGCUUGUA